GUCCAAAAAUAAAACACUCGCUAACUUCGUAUAAAAGAGAAUUCACGUUCGUAGUUCUUUAGUUUGUUGUAACAGGACCUAGACAUCAUGAAGGUUUUAUUUGUUAUGUGCGUUGUCUUUGUGGCUGUGCAGGCCCUUACUGAAGAGCAGAAGGAGAAGCUCAAGAAGCACAGGGGUGAAUGUCUUGCUGAAUCCAAGGCUGACGAACAGCUGGUUACCAAACUGAAGACUGGAGAUUUUAAGACGGAAAACGAACCCCUCAAGAAGUAUUCCCUGUGUAUGUUGAUCAAGUCUGAGCUCAUGACCAAGGACGGCAAGUUCAAGAAGGAUGUCGCCCUCGCCAAGGUCCCUAACGCAGCCGACAAACCAGCAGUAGAAAAACUUAUUGACACCUGUCUGGCCAACAAGGGUAACACUCCCCAACAAACCGCCUGGAACUAUGCUAAAUGCUACCACGAGAAGGACGCCAAGCACUCCAUCUUCCAAUAAACAGUAUUAAAUACCUCAACAUCACCUUUAUAAAAUACCCAUUGAAAUACCAUACAUUUUAUUAAGUAUAGCGCCAUCUGUACUCAACACCUUGUACUAAAAACUUAAUGCUAUUUUUAUUUGGUGCUGAUUUUUAAAUUUCGUACAACGCCAUCUGUGUAAUAUCUACUAAACGACA